AUGACAGAUAUAAUCAGAGAUAUUUCCAGUGAUGAUGAUGAUAAGGAGGAUGAAAACACCAUUACAUUUGGACAUAUAAGUCUCGAUGGUUAUCUUGAUGAAGGAGAUUCAUCAUAUGAAUGUGAGCACUGUGGCGCUCUUUUUUGGAUAAAUGAGAGGGUGAAGAGAUCUUCAACACCUGAAAAUCCAGUAUUUUCUCUAUGUUGUUGCAACGGCAAGUCUAAUAUUAGAGCGUAUAACAAUAUGUUUGCUUUCACUUCAAUGGGAGGAAAAGUUAAUCACUCAUUGAAUACUAAUGGUGCCGGUCCUUAUACAUAUGUCUUGUCUGGGCAAAAUUACCAUCACAUUGGCAGUUUGUUACCUGAAGAAGGAGCUCCACCAGUAUAUUCACAGUUAUACAUUUGCGACACUGAAAAUGAGAUUGCUAAUCGGAUUUCUGCAGUAAGUCACCAUGGUCAGGCAGCUCAUCUUAAUAAAGAUGUUGUGCAUGUAAUCAAGGAGUGCCUUGAUGAACAUAACAACCUUGUAAAGAAAUACAGGCAUGCAUAUGAGAUCUUGAAGCGGGAUAAACAUGCAGAUGUGAAGAUUUGCCUCAUUAGGCAAUCAGAUUCAGCUAAAUGCUACAAUCUACCUGCAUCAUCUGAAAUCGCAGCUCUUGUAGUGGGAGAUUUUGACAGAACAUAUCACAAAAGAGACAUAAUUGUGGGAAAAAAGGACGGACGGCUAAAGAGAAUUGAUGAGCUCCAUAAAUCAUACCUCCCUCUACAAUACCCUCUUCUUUUUUAUUUUGGCAACAAUGGGUAUGACUCAGAAAUGAAACAUGCUGAACAUACUUUGCAAAAAACAAAGAAGAAGAAGACAUUGAGUAUAAGAGAAUAUCUAGCUUACAGACUAAUGGAGCGAAGGACAGAGGAAUCUGUAAUUCUUUAUGCUAGGAGACUGCUUCAGCAAUUCAUAGUUGAUGGAUAUACAAUGGUUGAAGCUGAUCGCUUGAAAUUUCUCAGGGACCACCAAAAGGAACUAAGGGUUGAUCUUUACAAGGGAUUAUCAGAUGCAAUUACUAGAGGUGAGACUGACCCAUCAAUGAUAGGGAAAAGGGUAAUACUUCCUUCAUCAUUCACAGGAGGUGCUAGAUACAUGGUUAACAACUUCCAAGACGCAAUGGCUAUUUGCAAAUUUACAGGCUAUCCAGACAUCUUCCUAACAUUUACAUGCAACCCUGCAUGGCCAGAAGUAAGAAGAUAUUGUGAGCGAAGAAAUCUUAGUCCAUCUGAUUGCCCAACAAUCUUAUCUAGGAUUUUUAAGAUGAAACUUGAUGCCUUGAUGAGAGUCAUAAAGGAACAAAAAAUAUUCGGAACAAUUCGUGCAGAGAUAUACACAAUUGAAUUUCAAAAGAGAGGUCUCCCUCAUGCGCAUAUCAUCUUAUUCAUUGAUCCUCGUGACAAGCCAAAAACACCAGGAGACAUUGAUAAAAUCAUUUCUGUAGAAAUACCAGACGAAAGAAAUGAUCCUGAAUUAUAUGAACUUGUAAGCAACUACAUGAUGCACGGCCCCUGUGGUUCUUCAAAUAAAAAAUCACCAUGUAUGAAAGAUGGGAAAUGUUCAAAAUAUUUUCCAAAGAAAUUUGUGGACCACACUGUUGUCGAUGAAGAUGGAUAUCCCACAUACAGACGGAGAAGAGAUGGACAUACCAUUGUUAAGAAAGGCGUAACAUUGGAUAACAGGUAUGUUGUCCCUUAUAAUGCAAAUUUGCUGAGACUGUUUAGAGGUCAUAUCAAUGUGGAAAAAACCAAUCAAUCCCAGGCCAUUAAAUACCUAUUCAAGUACAUAAGCAAGGGGAAUGAUAGAGUAGUUGCAGGUAUUUACAAAACUGGAAAUGCAAGUGAUUCUGAGAUGACAUUUGAUGAGAUCACCCAUUACUUGAAUUGUAGAUAUGUCUCUCCUUGUGAAGCUGCAUGGCGUAUUUUUGCAUUUGACAUACAUCAUAGAUAUCCAUCAGUUGAGAGAUUGAGCUUUCAUUUGCCCAUGGAACAAGCAAUAUACUACUCCUAUGCUCAACCUGUUUCCUCAAUAAUGGAUAAGCCCACCGUGAGGCAAUCAAUGUUCUUGGCAUGGAUGUCAUUAAAUCAGUCUCAAUCAUUUGCCAGGACGUUAACAUACAUACAAAUACCACAGUUCUAUACAUUUGACAAGAAAUUGAAGAUUUGGAAACCAAGACAAAGAGGUUUUGCAAUAGGAAGGCUAGCUCACUCAUCUCCUUCCCAAGGUGAGACAUACUAUCUGCGUGUGCUACUGACCAAAGUCCGAGGCCCUAAAUCAUAUGAAGAGAUCAGAACUGUGAAUGACAUUAUAUACCCAACUUUUAGAGCUGCCUGCUAUGCACUUGGACUACUCCAGGAUGAUCAAGAAUACAUUGAUGCCAUUAAGGAAGCUUCUUUUUGGGCUACUGGACAUUACCUUAGAAGAUUUUUUGUUAGUAUGUUACUUUGCAAUUGUUUAUCACAGCCAAUGUCUGUUUGGGAGAAGACAAAGGAGUACAUAUAUGAAGACAUGUUAUAUGUCCCUCGUGCUCAGCAACAAUUAACAGGUCUCAAAUUUUCAGACAAGGAUAAGGAAGAAGCUUCAUUGGUAGCUAUUGAGAAAUUGCUUCAGAGGAAUGGAAAAUCUUUGUUGGAUUAUCCCUCAAUGCCAAAACCAACCACUGAAGUUGUGGUAGACACAAGGAAUCGGAUGAUCAUUCAAGAGUUGAGCUUUGAUCAAGAGGAAUGCCAUACACAGUCACAACGAUUAAGAAAUAUGCUCACAGAUGAACAGCGGCAUAUAUAUCAUUCCAUACUCAAAGCCAUGGAUGACUCAAAUGGAGGAUUCUUUUUUGUACAUGGUUUUGGUGGAACAGGUAAAACUUUUCUUUGGAAUGCACUAACAAAAGCAGUCAAAUCAAAAGGAGAAAUAGUAAUAAAUGUAGCGUCAAGUGGGAUAGCAGCGACAUUACUUCCUUAUGGCAGGACAGCACACUCCAGGUUUGCAAUACCAAUUGACAUAACUGAAGUCUCAAUGUGUAAUAUAACUCAAAACAGUUCAUUAGGAAAUCUUAUAAAAGCUACUAAAUUGAUUAUAUGGGAUGAAGCUCCCAUGGUUCGGCGAUAUUGUGUUGAAGCAGUUGAUCGUACAUUUAGAGACAUUAUGAAGUGUGAUAAACCAUUUGGUGGCAAGUGUGUAGUAAUGGGUGGAGACUUUAGGCAAAUACUCCCUGUGGUGCCAAAAGGAGGUCGGGCAGAUGUUGUUGACUCAUCCAUUAAUUCCUCAGAACUUUGGAAUCAUUGCAAGCUGUUCAACCUUACAAAGAAUAUGCGACUAUCAACUACUGAAUGCCCAAUACAACAAACAAAGAUUCAUCAGUUCUCCAAAUGGUUAUUAGAUGUUGGGGAAGGUAAGCUAGGCCUGCCACAUGAUGGAAUUACCGACAUAACCAUUCCUGAAGAGAUUCUGAUUAAAUGUUCAGAUGACCCUAUUGCUUCUAUAGUCACUGCAACGUUCCCAAGCUUGCGAGAGAAUAUCAUGAGCUCAAAUUAUUUGAUGAAUAGAGCAAUUUUAGCACCAACAAUUGAGGUUGUUGAACAGAUCAAUGACUACAUGUGCUCUAUGUUAGAUGGGGAUUGUGUUGAAUAUUACAGCUCAGAUUCUGUAUCUGCUACUGAGCAGGAUAGUUCUUUCACAGAAUUAUACACUACUGAAUUUAUGAACACCAUUAACUGCUCUGGAAUGCCUCCUCAUAAACUUUCUCUGAAGAUUGGGUGUCCCAUAAUGUUGAUGAGAAACAUUGACCAAGCUUCGGGUUUAUGCAAUGGAACAAGGCUGCGCACUACAUUCCUAGGCAAACAUUUUAUUAAAGCUGUAGCACUAAAUGGAUCAAAUAUAGGAGAAGAAGUGCUCAUUCAUCGCAUGGAUAUGAACCCAUCUGAGACUAGCCUACCUUUCACAAUGACAAGGAGACAAUUUCCAAUAAUUCCUUCAUUUGCAAUGACAAUAAACAAGAAUCAAGGGCAAUCCAUGACAAACGUUGGUUUAUUCUUGCCGAGGCCAGUAUUCUCUCAUGGGCAAUUAUAUGUUGCUUUGUCCAGAGUUAAAAGUAUUGAUGGACUGAAGAUACUUAUUCUAGACCAUGACUGCAAACCCACCAACACAACGACUAAUGUUGUUUACAGAGAAAUUUUUCAAAAUGUCCCUUCUGUUUGA